GUCGCCCCGGCGUUCGACCUCGACGUCUACCCCUUUCUCUUCAACCAUCACCCUGCAUUUCACCACAUUCCUGCAUUCCAAUCAGUCAACUCUGUUCUCAACGCGCAUUGUUUACCCACCCAGAGCUCUAGUUGUCACGAAGGACCCCGGUCGUUCAUCAUCCUAGCGCGUCCCUGGGUACUUCAGCACAACAAUCACGACUUUUGGCACAAAAUAUCACAUCACUUGUGUCGCAUCUUCACCACAAACGUCAGCGAUCAAUCACUGCGAACGAGUUUAUCGAGUCUCCGCUUGAUCUGCGCUGCUUUUGCUAGGGUUGAGAGGGUUAAAAGUCUGAGUUGUGCGGCGUCUUUGUUUGGGUCAAGUCAUCAAGCUUCCAUUGUGGUCCCUGUUUGCCCAAUCUGGCGGCUCUGUUCACGCCUAGACCUGCUGCCCCAGCUUCGCCGGCCAUUCUGACCGACGAGGGGCUUAUCAAUCAGUCCCUCCUGGAUUCUCUCGACAGCUCUCUUGAGCAGGAUCACCUUCAUAGUUACGUUCCAGAGAUUACUGGGGGUGACAGCGAGGCAGAAGCCCAGUCCACCAUCAGACGCACAUACUCGACAUCAUCUCACGCGUCUUCGAACGGCUCCAUUUCUCAGUCACAUACUCGACGCUCUACAGCAUCAAUGGCUACUUACUCAGGCCCGCAGCUAGCGCUGCCACCGCCUCACGAAUCAUAUGCGGCAUACCGCUUGAAUUCGCUGUCAUACGCGCCCUCUGCCUUGUCACCAGGCUCUGAACCAUUCGAUCCCGUUCGAGGCGGUCCACGGUUUGAUCAAUUCGAUGACGAGCACAUGACUCAACUCCCCAACACUGGAGCUGCCUUUGGAAACCUAGCUCCGGGUGCUCCUUCCGUCAAUCAAAUGCUUGGGCGCGGUAGCGUCCAGCUUCACAGCGGUUAUACUCGCCCAAGGGCUCCGCAAAAUGCGACCAUCACCACCACAUAUCCGGACUCGAUGAAUAGGAUCGGCUCCGUGCCCAACCUCAUGAGUCCUGUUGGCGGACCCUCUGAGGCUUUCCCGGGUCGUCAGGGUCCAAAGGACAUCCUGUCGCCGCAAGCAAGAGCGUUUGAGCUCUCUGGGACUGGUGGUGCUGGUGCUCUGCAGCAAAAGCUCCUGCUGCAGCAACAGUCCAGUAACCAGCAACAGCAGCUCGAGGCUCAAAGGGCUUUGCAAAUGCAAAAUGUGCAAGCCCUGCAGCUCGAAAGACAUCGACAACAGCAGCAAAUGGUUCAGCAACAAGCUCCGGCGCAGGGAAAUCAGGGUGGUUUUGGCGCGAACGGGCUGUCCAACGCAAACGGCCAACCCAUUAACCUUGGCAAUAUCUCAUCGAUGAAUGGUGUAGUUGUCCCUGGCGUGGGUGCGGUGAAAGCUGCCUCGUUGCCGAGUUCUACUCCCGCAUUCCAGCAGCAGAGCCAACGUGUCCAGCGCGGCCAGGACACGUCUGGAAAUGCACCGUAUGCCAAUCAGCAAUCCUUGGGAAAUGCACCUGGUUCCCUACAUGUGCCGCCUGGAUUCACAAAUAGCACGACUCCGCAGUCUUCCGGUGCAGCAACCGGUAACACGUCAGGCGGUGGUCUUUCCAGCGCUGCUGCCGCACCUCCCUUGGCUGCCGAAGAGAUCUCAACGAUUUUCGUCGUUGGUUUCCCUGACGACAUGCAGGAACGCGAAUUCCAAAAUAUGUUCACUUUCUCACCGGGCUUCGAAGCGGCUACCUUAAAGAUCCCCAACAAGGAUCUCACGUCGUAUGGCCCUGGUGCUCUCGCCCCAGGUUCCUCAGCUGCUGCUGCUGUCAAUGUUCUCCGUCAAGCCGGUUUCGCUUCUAGCUAUGCCGGCGGAGGCGCCCAAGCUGCUGGUGAUCCUUAUUCCCUCGUGGGCCUUAAUGCACAAGGCGGCCUAAUCGACUCGCGCGAAAUUUCAAGUGGCCUCGCUGCAGCCGCUGCCAGUGGUUGGCAGAUUCCCGAAGACCCCUUUGCACGGAACAGCGCAUCGGGUCUCAUGGGAAUUGGCGGCAAUCCCACUGAUCUCACCUCUCACCUUGCUCUUCCCAUGCCCAGAAAACAAAUCAUCGGCUUCGCUAAAUUUAGAACUCGCGAACAGGCCUCUGAGGCACGUGAUGUUCUCCAGGGUCGCCGCAUUGAUGUAGAAAAAGGUGCCGUCCUGAAGGCUGAGAUGGCCAAGAAGAACCUGCACACCAAGAGAGGCGUCGGGCCACUUGGUGGUUCCUCUGCGGCUGGUAAUGCGGGUGCGAACGACCCGAUGUCACUGGCAUCCCCUCCCGGCAUGAACGGUCCCAACGGUGCAGUUGGCCUGCCAGGUUACGCUGGUGUCCAAGGCUCCGGCUUGCCACCUCUCGGUAACACUAUGUCAAAUGAUGGCUCGAUACCUUUGACGCAGAGAGACAAAGAUAUGCAGACUAUCGUCGCGAUGGGGCUCAAUCCGUCGUCCCAGCGCAUCAUGGAUACAGACAGGGUGAAAGACCGCCAGCAGCGGCUCGAAAUGGAAGGGGCGUAUCAGCAGGGGCUACAGGGCCCCACCCGCUCUCGCAUGACUGCUUACGAUGCCUUCCAUUCCGUUGCCGAUCCCGAAGUUCAGCAACACGUCCCAGGGCGGCAGCCCUCUAUCGUUGGUCGUGGUUCUAUCUCUGCUGGUUCAGGUCCCGGCCUUGUCAGCCGCGGGAUGCUCUCUCCAACUUUUGAAAGUAUGAGCCCCUCGGCCACGGACCCGUACGCCCCGUUCGGAUUGCUCAAUGGAGCCGGGGAUCAUGGCCUCCCUGGUGGGAUCUCUACCCGAGCCGGACUACCAAGUUCUAUGCUCGAUCGGCGCAUGUCCCAUUCCCAUGGUCAAGUCCAGCCGUCUAGACAGGAUCCCAUGGCAGCGACGCAGGACAUGUGGGAGUCGUUGCCCAAUACCAACGCUAGUGACCCCUACAAUCAAGGCAUGUUGAAAGGGCUAUCCCACAUGAACAUAGCAGAAGACCCUGAAGAGGAUGCAGGUGCUGCCCCUCGAAGCGCAGCAGUUCCAUCGUCCACCUCAUCCAAUCGUUCUCAACCCAGUCCCCCUGCGGAUAAAGAUGCCGUCGGUCACCGUAGCAAUGGUUCACCUCCUGGUAUGAUUCAGGGCAAUCGCAUUGAUGCUCGUCCUCCGGGCCGUGAGAGUAGCCCUCCGAGAGGUAUGAUGUCCGGACAGAGCAUGUCUUCCGAAGGUUCGCCGUCUAGGGAGGAGUCUCGUCUUGGGAACAUCGACUCACUCAUUCGAAGGGACUCCGGGGAUAGUGAUCUCACCCGGUCCUCAAUGACCGGUAUUCACACCAAUACCCAUGGCGAGAUGACGUCUCCGCCUCUAUCCUCCCCUGGUUCUGGAGGAUCCUAUAUUAGAACCAAUUCGUCUGACCAGAAUCCUCCUAUUAAUACGUUAUACGUCGGUAAUCUUCCAACAACGCCUCCUGCCUCUCUUUCGUCCAACCCUCUUGAAGAAAAUCUCAAAACUGUCUUUUCUCAGUGCCCCGGGUUCCGCAAGCUUUGCUUCCGUCAAAAGAGCAAUGGACCCAUGUGCUUCAUUGAGUUCGAUGACGUCGAUUAUGCAACUAAGGCGAUGCACUCAUUAUACGGACAUACACUGAACGGGCUUGUGAAGGGUGGUAUUCGGUUGUCUUUCAGCAAGAACCCACUUGGCGUUCGCUCUGGCAGUGUGUCUGCCGGCUCUAGUAGCGCUCACGGCCACAUUGGACAAGAAAGUGUUGGUCGAUAUGGAAGACAUGGAUCGCUGGCUGAGCUGAGAGGACCCUCGAGACAGAGCUCUUUGGACAUGCUUUCCCCCACCGGUUCCUCUUUCUCUUUCGGGUCCUCUCCGCCUAGCCGGUUCUUCUCCCCACCGCCACCAGGACAAAUGGGAUCUGUUAGCCCUCCCAUUGGCUCUGGACGCAAUCUUCCCGGAGGCUACUUCCGUAGUAGCCAAGCCUUCGCCGAUACCACAUUCUCACCGUUCGCUGUCCCCGUUGCCUCAGGCAACUUAUUGGGCCCAUCUUUCUCCGAAGAAGGAUUUGAAGAAUUCUCUUAUGCUCUGGCGCCGUCCCCCGACCCCGAAGCUAACCGUUAGGUUGGCGCGCAUACACAUACAUCCCGUGGCAUAUCAUCCAGCACAACCACCCGCUCUGUAUUCUAGGUCGAUACCCGCAUGCUUGCACGACAUGCGCUCCGGCGCAGCAACCUCGUUCAUACUCCACUAUAUAUAUCGCAGCUGUUUUCGUGGACAUUCGAAGUUUCUUUCUGCUGGGUCUACCGCGUUGUCUCUGUAGUCAAACGAUACACCUUCGUGUUCCAUUUUCAACACUCCCACUUCUUCCAAACCACCCCCUUUCGCAACGCUCUCUCUGGGUUCAAGUUGUCCAUUAUCUCUGUCUCCACGUCUCCACGCCCUCGCAUACGUUCAAUAAAGCCUCACCAAGUGUCUGUGCGAUUAGUUC